AUGGACAAAGGACUAGCGCACAGCCACAUUACUGGUCUAGGGAUAGACAGGGCAAUGGAACCCACAGAGACAUCAGGUCUAGUGGGAAUGGAGAAACAAAGGAAAGCAGCCAGUAUAUUCACGGAUAUGAUAAUUAACAAAAAAAUAGCAGGAAAAGUACUUCUUAUAUCCGGGGAAAGUGGCAGUGGUAAGACAGCCCUAGCAGUAGGCAUAUCCAAAGAACUAGGCGUAAGAGUACCUUUUGUAAGAAUGACAGGCAGUGAAGUAUAUUCAGCCACAAUAAAAAAGACAGAAAUAUUACACCAGGCAAUAAGAAGGGCUACUAGCAUAAGAAUAAGAGAGAUAAAGAGUGUAUUUGAAGGGGAAGUGAUCGAUAUAAAAAUAGAAGAGAAGGAAGACCCAUUGAAUAAUUACAAAAAGACAAUUUCAAAUAUAUAUGUAUCACUAAGGAGUGCAAAAAGAACAGAAAGACUUACACUAAACCCUCUUCUCUCACAGGAAAUAGUAAAACAAAAAAUAACGGUAGGUGACGUAAUCUACAUUGAACCAGAAGAGAAUAUUAUAAAGAAAAUAGGAAGAAGUGACUCAUAUGCAUCUGAGUUUGACAUUGAGAGUGAUAAAUAUGUACCAAUGCCAAAGGGAGAUAUAUUCAUGAAGAAGGAAGUCCUGCAGGAAAUGACCUUGCAUGAGAUAGACCUAGCCAAUGCAAAGCCCAAAGGAGAAGACGUAUUCUCAAUUAUCACGCAGAUGCAGCACACAGGGAGGGUAGAAAUAACAAGCAGACUCAGGGCAGAUGUAGAUGCAAAGAUAAAUUAUCAGUUAAGCAUUGGGGCUGCAGAGAUAACACCUGGUGUACUAUUCAUUGAUGAGUCACAUAUGCUAGACCUACCAUGCUACUCCUUCCUAAGUACAAUCCUGGAGACAGACACCUGCCCAGUGAUUAUACUAGCUACAAAUGCAGGGAAAAUAAAAGUACCAGGUUCUGAUGAAAUUAGUCUAUUCGGAAUGCCUGCCACCUUCUUAAGCAGACUAUUUGUAGUUAAGAUGGAAAGACCACAGGAAGAGGCAGUCUGCAGGAUUAUAGACCAAAAGGUAAAAGCAGAAAAGAUAAAGAUAACAGAAUCUGCAGUGCAGCUGCUUUAUAAAGUAGCCAAUCAAAGUACACUCAGAUUUGCAUUUGGUCUGCUCCCUUUGGCUGCUGUGCUGUCUGAAGAGAUUUCAGUCGAUGCUGUCCAGGAAGUAGCAAGAAUGUUUAACCAGCCAAAUUAA